CCCAGAGACUGUUACUAAUUGCUCAGAUGGAGGUGUACUCGGUGUCAUUCCAGGUAUUAUUGGAUGCCUACAAGCCCUGGAAGUUAUAAAGAUUGUAACAAAUAUAGAAUCUUCAUAUAAGCAAAAAAUGCUGUUAUUUGAUGGACUUGAUGGUUCAUUCCGGAAUAUACGUCUCCGUCCUCGGCAGCCAUCCUGUAUAUUAUGUGGAGAUGCACCAUCUAUUAGUAAACUUAUAAACUAUGAAGAAUUUUGUGGUUCCAAACCAGAUGAUAAGUGUAGACUGGUGCGACUUCUUGAAUCAAAAGAGAGAAUAUCACCUAAGGAUUAUGCUAGUGUCUUAGAGUCGGACACAUCACAUGUCCUCGUUGAUGUACGUUUGCCUGGAGAGCUAGAGAUCUGCAAAAUAGCAUCGCCUCUUAAUAUUCCUAUAGGAGAGAUGAAUGAUCAGGCUCACAUCAGCACACUGAAGGCAAUGAUUGACUCCAUUAGGGUAGAGGAGGGACCCGUCCCAGUUUAUGUUGUAUGCAGAGCUGGCAAUGACUCUCAGAAAGCUGUAGUUGCACUAAGAGAGAAGCUACAAGGAUUGGAUGUUGAGAUGAAAGACAUUAAGGGAGGACUUCUAGCUUGGGCUAGUCA